AUGUUCUUACCUCAAGAUGUCUAUUCAAAGAGUACCGUUAAGCAGUGGUUCGAAAAGGUUGCCUUAGUUCCACUAAUGGAGCACCAAGACACAAGGCAAGUUGCUUUACAGUUAUAACAGUUCUUUAGUAUCAGUUGGAGUUCGUUGUUCGACGUGAUGGGAAUGGUGCUGAAGCAGCAGCUUAUGGCUUUAGACGAGCCACUUCAAAUGAAAGAAGUUACCUUGAACCACUUGGAAGGUAUCAAAAGGAUCAUAGGAGAAGAUGAGAAGAUCUUGCCUAUGAUUACGUAUACCCAAGAAAAGGUAACAUAAUAGACCACUCCAGAUUGUAAUGUCAUUUUAGUUCCAUAAUCACUUUGAAAAGAUGAAAACUUGGGAAGCUGCACUGAUAAGAUGUACGCUGCUUAAUUACCUACAAGGUCCACCUGUGAAGACGGGUGACAUGGUACGAGUAGGUAUACGGCUUCAAAAUGGCAGAUUCUUACUACAAGGAAAGGAGAUUCGGAUUCCGAUCGACGCUACACCGCCUGGUUCGGUUAAGUAUUUCGAGAAGGGCCAAGUCGCUAAGAUUACAACUUUGGUGAUGCCAGAGAAGUACUUGUGUAUCAGAAAAGAGGUACGGUACGGUUUUGAAGUUUUGACUACAAAGUUUUAACGCUAAGGGAGAAAAACGUGCAGAAGGUGUUCGGUACAAUCUUAGUAUUACUUUUUACAACGAAAACCCCGAAUUGUAGUCAAGCUGAAGUGGCACUAACUACAUUGUUUUCGCGAUUACCUACAAUUAACUAUCCUUUGUAGGACAUACCCCCGGGCAAGUUGGUGACUUCAAUUGGAGAAAGUGUUUAUCAUCCGGCAGAACAAACAGUAAGUACAAGUAGUAUAUUGUUGUAGGGCGCUGAGGGUUACCGUGUUGUACGAGUUUUGACUCACAUAAUGUAACAUUAUGUGGUGCUUACCAUAAUUGCUCGAGGUAUUGUAAUUGGUUACAGAAAGAAAAAGUUGUUGAAAACUUCCCACACGUUGCGACCGGUGACGAUGAGAUGAAGCUCCUGAACAAGCUCAUGACCCCGCCUGACAAUAUCGGUGAUUUUGUUUUCAAUUUGUUCAAUGACGAGGAAGAGGAAGAAGCAAGGGAAGAAGACAGUAAAAGCACCAAAAGUAGCAGUAAACCGACCGGUAAAACUACGAGGUACAAGACACUGGCAGAAGCUAUUGGGGAGGUAAAGUCACUUUUGUUAUUUUUAUAUGAAGCAACAUGAUUUUUAUGUGAAAGUACUUGUGUAUUGUCAAUAUCUUUAACUAAAACAGUUCAACUAAUACAACUUUCGCAUAUUUACCCCGCCUAAUUGUUUGUAUGUAUACGUAAUAGUAUUAGCCCGAGUGGACCUCCUAAUUAUGCAAACCUAAGUUUGUUCGGCAUAACGACAUAACCGGAUUUGGCAUAAUUUUAUGAAAUUUCAGAUGGAACUCAAGAAGCCGGAACCCGAGUUCCAGAGCCGCGGCGAGAAAAUGCUUAGAAUGAUGGACGAAUCCGAGAUGCGAACGCGCUCCAGAAGCGGGUCCCGCAAGAGGAACGUAACAAGGGACCUGCGCUAG